AUAAAACGAUAUAUUGUGUACAUUUUCGUUGUAUUCCUAGGGAUUCUACCCUUAUAAUGGAUUCGCUUGAAACGGGCGAAUCGCAGAUACUCCUGCUACAAAGUAACAUGAAUAAGACGUGGCUUUGAGUAAUAGGAGUAAAAGCCUGUAUUAUCAUAAAUGAUGAAGAUUCUAAAAGGACUUCUUACCUUUUGGUUAUUCCAUCUAUUUCUAUACAGGUACUUCGUCAUUCCAGAAGGAAUAUGUCUGGACAUUCGUCCGAGCAAGGAAAGUAGACGUUUAAAAUCGGAUAUUUUAGCAGCAAAGAAUUACAAUUUUUGUUUUAGUACCUUACCAAGCAGCCAAAACUUCCUAUUCGUCAAACCCCUAUCUAUAUACACUGGAACAUCGAACCAUAGGAAUAUAAAGCUAAGACACACUCCGAACUCUGUGGACCCGGAAAAGAAUACCAAUGAACGUGAAGAAAAAAAACUAAUAGUCGCUAACUCCAGUGAGCUCCAUAGGUUAGCUUCUUAUAACGAUUUAAAGCAGUCAUUGGUGAGCAUAUCUAAUAGGUUUGUGGACAUUGUUGGCUCAGCAAAGGAUUAUCUCAGGAAAAGCAAAAUAUAUGAGAUCGUUUACACAUUUAUAAAUGGAAUUAAAGCUCGUGCUAAUAAUUUAACAGUAAAAAAACAAAUUGUUAUUCUUCUCCUGAGUCAACUGUUGUAUUCUUUUAUACUGCCAAAUUUCCACAUAAUCCUUCCUUAUCAGUUAAUACCUACUGAUUCUGGAUUGGGAGUAGAUAUAGGGCUCGAUACAAUCGUUUCUAUGGUAUUUUCCUACCUAUUUCUGAACGAUUUAAACAUUUCCAGCAAACCACUCAUCGUACCAGAAGAUAUUAAAAAACGCAUACCGUGGGUAGUAUUGUCGUUAAUUGGAUCAUAUGUUUUGUCUGGAUACUUUACUCAUGUUAUUGACAAUGCCAUUUUGUUGAUAUCAGCAAUGGAUGCUCCAGUUAGCGUUGCUAUGCAUCAAUCCCUUCGUGUUCUAAUCGGACACAUAUUUUGGGUACUAGUCGGCUCAAUGAUUAUUAAUAAGACGGUUUUUCCGUUAUCUUUCAAUGCUAAUAAUCCCUGGUACAAAUUCCGCAUAAAUGACAACUGGGUAUUUCCUUGUCUUUCUGGAUAUUUCCUUUCCUGUACACUUUACAACUUGGCUGAUCUUUUUUACAGUUUUCUGGUAAAAAUUUAUAGUACUUUUACUUCUAACGCUGAUCGCUUUGAUAACAGUGAUGAAAACCUGGUGUCUCAAUUAACAGAGAGCAAUGAAGUUCUUCCAACCAUACUUGGUGCAAUUGGUCCAUGUAUCACUGCUCCGUGGUGGGAAGAAACUCUAUAUCGUGUACUUAUUCUUAAGUCACUGAACAUAUACCUACCACACUUAUUGUCAUCAAUAAUAUCCUCAUUUCUAUUUGCAGUACAUCAUUUGAACCCACGCAGCGUAAUACACCUCUUUGUUUUAGGUGUUAUCUGGUCAUUAAUAGAGAAGAAUUUUGAUAAUCUCAUAGUAACAAUAAUUAUCCACUCACUCUGGAAUUCUAGAAUUUUCAUAGGAAGUAUGAUAGGCUUGUAA